AUGGUUCGGAAGCUCAAGCACCAUGAACAAAAGCUGUUACGAAAAGUUGACUUCACAACUUACAAGGGAGACAACAACCAUAGGGAUAGCGCGGUUAUACGGAGAUAUAAUAUUCAGAAGCCGGCUGAUUACAUGAAAUACAACCGACUCUGUGGAAGCUUGAAACAACUUGCCCAUCGUCUUGCGGCGCUGCCACCCGACUCUGAAUUCCGACGCAGGCACGAGGAGGCCGUCUUAUCUAAACUCCAUGAUAUCGGGGUGCUUCCAUCGAAUGCCUCUCUUGCUAGGCUAUCGGAAGUAGAGAAAAAUGUGAGCGUGUCGGCAUUCUGUCGACGGCGAUUGCCUGUCAUAAUGACCAGAUUGCGCAUGGCAGAGACGGUACAAGCUGCUACUAAAAUGAUUGAGCAGGGCCACGUCAGAGUGGGAACAGAACCAAUUACUGAUACAGCAUUCCUCGUGACACGGAGUAUGGAGGAUUUCGUGACCUGGGUUGAUAGUAGUAAGAUCAAGAGGAGUAUCUUGAAAUACCGGGACAAGCUUGAUGACUUUGACUUACUCUGA